AUGAGUCUCUUCCAACUGACGGGUAGAAGGUUGGUUUCUCAGGCGUAUUGCGGACUUAAGGCUGCUGCUUCAAAGAAACAGAAGGUUUGCUCCGAAAUGGCUCGUCCCAGUUCAAAUAUGGCUGAUUUUCGAGAAGUGUUUGCUAAAGCGAAGCAUAUAGCCAUUAUCACAGGAGCUGGUGUUAGCGCGGAGAGUGGAGUUCCGACCUUCAGAGGGGCUGGAGGUUUCUGGAGAAAGUGGCAAGCCCAGGAGCUGGCUACUCCAGAGGCUUUUGCGCGAAACCCUUCUCGUGUAUGGGAAUUUUACCAUUACCGCCGGGAAGUGAUGUUGAGUAAACAUCCAAAUCCUGCACAUAUUGCCAUUGCAGAGUGCGAAAGGCGACUGAGCAAGCAAGGAAGGAGUGUUGUGGUCAUUACUCAAAACAUUGAUGAGCUACACAGAAAGGCAGGCACAAAGCACCUCUUAGAAAUUCAUGGUAGUUUAUUUAAAACUCGAUGCACCAACUGUGGAAAUGUAGCUGCCAAUUACAAGAGUCCAAUAUGCCCCGCACUGGCCGGGAAAGGGGCUCCAGAUCCUGAAACAGAAGAGGCCAUGAUUCCAGUUGAAGACCUUCCUCAGUGUGAGGAGGACGGCUGCAAUGGGCUCCUCCGUCCCCACGUCGUGUGGUUUGGUGAAGCCCUGGAUCCUGAUGUUCUCACAGAGGUUGAGAAGGAGCUUGAUAUUUGCGACCUCUGCUUGGUAGUCGGGACCUCCUCUGUGGUGUACCCUGCUGCUAUGUUUGCCCCUCAGGUAUCUGCCAGAGGAGUGCCAGUUGCAGAAUUUAACAUGGAGGCUACUCCUGCUACGAACAGAUUCAGGUUCCACUUCCCGGGGCCCUGCGGGACCACUCUGCCGCCGGCGCUGGCCCGCCACCAGACCGAGAUCAUCUCCUGAGCACCUCGGA